AGACGAACGAUUUGUUGUUCAUAUAAAAAGGCGCUCAAGACUAUAUGAAAUCAUAUCAAACUUACGUUCAACCCUCAACACAACUCAAAACAAUCAAUCAACAAUCAUGAAGUGCAUCGCAGCUGUAGUCAUGAUGGCCUGUGCCGUCGCUGCCAACGCCCAUUACGUCCCAUCGGUCUACGCCCACCAGGUGGCCCCAGUGCUGACUUAUGCCGCCCAUCAUCAUGGACCAACCGUUGUCCAGUCCAACGAUUAUCACCAUGGAUGGGCCGGCCAUCAUCAGGCACCAGUUGUGGCUUACAACAACGGUCAUUGGGAUCAGUGGGCUCACCAUGACGUCCACCAUCAUCAGGUUCCAGCUGCUGUUGCCAUCGCUGCUCCAGUUGCGUACAACACCUGGGAUCAUCACAACCAUCAUGCCGUGGCCGUUGCUCCAGUCCAUCAUUCGGCCAGCUACGUUGCCGCCAACCGAGGAGCUGUCCACAAAGCCCCACUUCCGGGACACAUCGUCAACCAGAAGUCCCUGAACUUGGCCCCUGCUCCAGGAACUCUGUAAAUAACGGAUCACUGAAUCACACCUUUUUAGACAAAAUGUACAUAUUCUAGUGAACGGCAAACGAAAUAGACGAAUGAUAGUUAACUCAA